AUGACACGCGGCGCCGUGGACGACGUUGCAGGCGGCGGGCGCGCGGAGGAGGCGGUGGCGGCGUGGCCCUCCCCCGCUGCGCGCGCCCCCGACGACCCGGAGUUCGUGGCGCCCAUCCAGAACCUGACGACGCCCGUGGGCCGGGAGGCCGUCUUCGUCUGCUCCGUCAACAACCUCGGCAAGUACAAGGUGGGAUGGCUGCGAGCAGAGGACCAGACGGUGCUGACGCUCCACGACAAGGUGGUGACGCACAACGCGCGCAUCACGUCCACGCACGACAACCAGCGCACGUGGCGGCUGCACAUCCGGCACGUCAAGGAGACGGACCGCGGCUGCUACAUGUGCCAGAUCAACACCAGCGUCAUGAAGAAGCAGCUCGGCUGCCUCGACGUGCACGUGCCGCCGGACAUCGUGAACGACGAGACGAGCACCGACCUGGCGGUGCAGGAGGGCGAGAACGCGACGCUGGUGUGCCGCGCGACCGGACACCCGCCGCCGCGCAUCGCCUGGAGGCGCGAGGACGGCCAGCCCAUCCUGCUGCGCCGCGGACCCAGGGACUCCAUCAAGGUGGACACGUACAACGGGAGCACGCUGCCCUUCUGGCGCAUGGACCGCCGCCAGAUGGGCGCCUUCCUGUGCAUCGCCUCCAACGACGUGCCGCCCGCCGUCAGCAAGCGCGUCACGCUCAACGUCAACUUUGCGCCAUCGGUGCGGGUUCCUAACCAGCUGCUGGGAGCGCCCCUGGGGACUGACGUGCAGCUGGAGUGCUUCGUUGAGGCCUUCCCCAACACCAUCAACUACUGGGUCAAGAACCGCGGCGAGAUGCUGCUAGACGGGCCCAAGUACGCGAUCCGCGAGAGCCGGGCUUCCUACAAGUCCUACAUGUGGCUGGUGAUCCGCAGCUUCAGCCGGUCGGACAUCGGCACCUACAACUGCGUCGCCACCAACUCGCUGGGGCGGGCAGAGGGUACCCUCCGACUAUACGAGAUUAAGGUGUAUCCUGGCAUCUCGCGAGGGUCACUCGGCAGCCAUGUCUCCAUACCUGGAGGCGUGGCGGAGGCAGCUCGGGACAAGGAUUCGUCUCGAGAUGAGGACAGCGCGGAGCAGUCGGUAGGCACCUCGGGAGCCAUCCAGGUGUCGGGGGCGGCAGCGGGGCCGUUGCUGUUGGCCGUGGCGGCGGCAGUGGUGGUACUCAGCUGACACGGCGGCCUCGGGGACGUCUAGUGUCCGCGGUGGGCAGCGUGCCAACUGGAACUCUCUGCUCCAGCCACUGUGCUCCGCUGCACAGGGAGGUCCAGGCGCUGGCAGUGGGAACACAGUGAAUCCCGAAACUGUAUGUGCUUUGGUGGGCACACUGAGAGCCUCGAGCAAUUGCUCAGCACUUUGGCUUAUACCUAACCGACUAGGCUCCAUUCUGCUGUUUUCUGUGUGGUGACGAGCAUUUCUGAACGUUGUAAACUGUUUUUAAGUGAGAAAAUUGAGCCCUUCCGUAAACAGGAACACGCUUCCUUUGGGAAGCUAAUUUUGACUCCGUUACCUAUCUGUAAUACAUCGAAAAUCUUAAUGUCAGCUCCUAUGGAAACCUUUACUACUGCUACAAUGACAGUUUCAAGUAUGUGUAUGUGUAUGUGUACAUGCAUGACUUUUCAUCCUACUCCGCGUAAACUAAAUGAUACGCAGAAUUUCUAAAUUAUAUAUGGUGAUUGCAGUUGUGCUGCUCCUGUCUUUGGCGUUAUAUGGGAUAUAAUGAAGCAUCUGGUGCGUAUCCAUACACAAACACACACAAACACACACAUACACACACACACACACACACACACACACACACACACACACACACAACCUGAAAAACCGCUUGUAACUCUUGGCGAUAAAUAACAAGUGAAACUGCGGCUCAAAUUGCUACGAUAUAAUUUUCGAAAAAUAUCUGAAAAAUGUGGGUCAUGAACCACGAAAUAUUUUAAAUAUUUUACUGUGGUCAAGGGAUAUAUAGGACCGACUUAAUUUAGCAUCCCGACGACUCAGUCUUACUGCUUCCUGUGUGUUGCCUCCCCCACGAAAUGGUCAAUAAUUGUCAAUGAAACGGAGACUGAGAACUCUCUCAACAACGUUCUUUUCUGUAAUAUCUUCCUGUAGAUCCCAUUUUCCACAUUCUGCUUUUAUUACAGGGUAAUUGUAUUUGAGAUAAAAACGUAUAGGAAACGGAUUAACUAGAAAAUUCCUGUUCAGUGUUUGUUCAACGAAGAUAUACCACUGUGUUAAUUUCAUUAGGCUUAGAAAGAUAUCUCCUUGACGGUCUGACAAUAAGUUGAACCAUAGUUUCAAUGAGUAACCUCUGGAAUUUGCGUGAGCUAUGUCAUUACACUUAUGAAGCAUCACAAACCGAAUGAAUAUUCCAAAACAAUUUUACAAAAUAGCUCGAUAAAUAUCAUAAUUGAAGUGGUCAGCAGAAGAAAGUGGUAACGGACAAGAUGAUAUUUUGGGUUGCUGUUUACUGUACAUUUGGUUAAAUUAGGAUAUAAGAAGAUAAAUGUAAAGCGACAAGAUAACUUUUAUAGCAGGCAGUCCUUUCUAAGGUUGCUUGUGUAACUGCUGGAUGCCAUUGUAAAAAAAGAGAAAAUAAUUUUUAUAGUAGACUGUUCUUUCUAAGGGUACAUAUAACUGCUAACUGGCAAAUCUCGAUGCAUAUGGAAACACAGCAGGUAGUGCGAUCAGAGUAAACGUUACUAAGUCAAUGGUCAGCACCUUUUUCUGCAGAUCCGCUUCAAUUACAACCAACAUCCAUCAAAA